GUCAUUGGUGUUUUUUAGUUGGAGAUUUAUAGCAGUUUUAUAGCAGGAGAGCCAAUGCAGCUGUGUGUGUAAGGGUAUCAAGUCCAGGUGUUAUCUGUGUGGAGAAGCUGGAAGAGCAGGUGAAUGUGGCCUGCAGAGCACACACGCUGUCUACGAGAUGAAGGGGGACUCCAUUCAGCUACUGACUCUGCUGCUGGUGGUCCAACAAGCUGUUACUCAGGAGAGCAGAACGUGUGUUGGGCCGAGAUGUGACUUUGUGUGUGACUGUACAGACUGCAGUGAUGAGCAGGAUUGUGGUUAUCAGGGGGAGAGAUUUUGUGUGUGAUUUUGAGGAUGCUGGCAUGUGUGGCUGGACAGACACAUCGUCACAUGGAGGCUACGUGUGGGAGAGGCGUCAAAGGGGUAACCCUCUGCCCAACAGUGGGCCCUCCUCUGACUACACCAUUGGCACCUCUACAGGCUGGUUCAUGGCAGUGACUGCAGUGAUGGCAGAUUCUCCCAGUACCGCUAUCCUGAUGUCUCCCAUGAUUAGCCAGUCCGCCCCCACCUGUCGCCUUCGCCUCCGCUACUUUAUAUGGGACUCAGGUUACACAGGUCUAGGAAACAGCUCUCUCUGGGGGUCAGUGUGGCAGCCUGAUGGGCAGAAUGCGGUGGUGUGGAGACCAGAGAACACGAGUGUUCGUGCAUGGAGAGAGGCCACCAUCUUCCUGGGUCGCAUCUCCAGCCCCUUCCAUAUACAGCUUCACUCACACCGCCAAGAAGGGAGGAGAGGAGACAUAGCCAUCGAUCAGCUAGAGUUUCUGGACUGUGCUCUACCAGUUCCUUCAGGUAGUGGGGGGUGUGAGGAAGGCUAUUUGGAGUGUAAACAGGGAGGCUGUGUGGAGGAACGUGCAGUGUGUGAUGGCACAGAUGACUGUGGAGAUGGAACAGAUGAACAGAACUGCGGACAGUACAUGAGCUGUGACUUUGAGGAUGACCUGUGUGGGUGGGACCUAAGAACACUGUCAUCACUGACGUGGAUAAGGACCUCUCAGAUAAACAUUUCAAUGUCUGAGCCUCUGAGAGGACCUGGAAGGGACCACUCUAUCAAUUCCGCCUCAGGUCAUUUCCUCUAUGUUACCAAGCCAGAUGUGUGGAAGAAUGAUUGGACAUCUUUUCAAAGCCCUCGUCUGGAGCCAACCAAUAGCACACAUCCAUGUCGUAUGGUGAUGUACACGCACCAGUUUGGUGGCGUGUCUGGGGGUCUGUCGGUGCUGGUGGCAGAGAGAGAAAUCUACCCAGUGUGGGAGCGAGGAGGCUCACUGGGUGACCUGUGGGUGAAGGCAGAGAUUGAAUUUGUCGUGAACAGCACAUUUCAGAUAUUAUUUGUUGCUGCCAUUAGGGACCAGGCAUACGGAGGCAUUGCUGUUGAUGACAUCAUACUGUCCCCUGAAUGCCGCAUUACCAAUGAAUCAAUGCCAAGACCAUCCUUUCCCAGCCCCCCCAAACACCCCUGCACAGAGGACAGCAAGAUCUGUGACUUUCAGAGUGACUGCAAAGAUGGAGAGGAUGAAGCACAAUGUGGUGACUUUUCCUUUGAGCAGGGUAGUACAGGCUGGACAGAUACGAGUAUUGGAAGCCAAGGCUGGAAGCUAAAACAAGAAAACAGUGUAAACAACUUUACAGAGGUGUUCCUGUAUGUGACUGAUGCCCCUGGUCAACAGCUGACUGAAGCUCAGACCCGCACUCCAUUGCUGGGACCCUCAGGCCCGAGCUGCACCCUGCAGUUCUCCUAUAGCCUCUCAGGAAGCAACCCACACAUAGGUGAACUGUCUGUAGUUGUAGUGGACAGUGUGUUGGGCACUCUGCCUCGACUGUGGGAGUUCAGUGGGCAGACAGGGCAGGACAACGCAUCUUGGGUAAAAGAGGAGCUCUAUAUCGGAGCCAGAGAUCAUCGAUUCCAGCUGGAGUUCAGAGCUCGUGCUCAAGAGCUGAACCUGGGCACCAGAAUAGCAGUGAGGGAUGUUUAUUAUGUGAACUGCCACCCACAGUAUAUCCCCUCUACUUCUGAUGGGCCAUCAUGUAACUUUGAGACUGACUUAUGUGGGUGGUACCAAGAUCAGACAGACAACUAUGACUGGAGUAUUAAGAAUGGAAGUGACCACACUAUUGGCAGUGGGAGAAGUCUGGUGGUGGACAUGUGGAGCACAACUCUGCGUGGCCUUUCUGGUCGUCUUCUUUCACACCGCCAGAGUUCUCUGACUGAACACUGUCUCCUUUUCUUCUACAAACUCUACGGCCCCCAGACAGGUGCUCUCAAUGUUAAGGUGCUACACUCAGAUGGCUCAGAGCAGCUGUUAUGGACUCGUGUGGGCGCCCAUGGAAACCUUUGGCAGGAAGGUCACUGUCCAGUGCCCAGUCAACUUACUACCUACCAGUUGGUGUUUGAGGCAGUGCGCUCAGGUUUUGAUGGUCAGGUGGCUAUAGAUGAUGUGGCAUUUGUAGAAGGAUCGUGCUCUCUGCCCACUAUGUGCUCUUUUGAGGGCCACACGUGUGGCUACAGCAGCAGUGGAGCCGCAGCAUGGGUCCACCAGAACUGGGACUCCACCAGAACCGGCCCAAAGACCGACCACAGUCUCGAGACAGAGAUGGGCUACUACAUGCUCGCCCACAGUGGUAUGGAGGUCCUGCCUCAAGGCAGGGUAAUGACCCUGAGCUCUCCUGUGCGUCGCGGUGUGGCGCAUACUGAGUGUGUCCGUUUCUGGUACCACACCGGGGGAGAUAACCCAGGCACUCUGACUGUGUAUAUAAAGCCUGUGAAGGGGGACAUAACCAAGCUGUUCACCAGCAGCCUGAGUCAGGGCCAUGUGUGGCGCCUUGGCAUGAGCAACAUCAGCUGGAAUGGAGACUGGCAGUUGCAGUUUGAGGUGCAGGGAGCCGGAGGCAAAGACACUUACAUCGCCAUUGAUGAUGUCAUCUUCUCAAGCCACAGUUGUCCCACUUCAGGUGACGUGUGUGAUCUGGAGCGAGGUCUGUGUGGAUGGAGCAACACUCAGAACCCCCAUGUAGACCAUUUAGAUUGGGAGCUGAGCAGCCUGCUGUUUGAAACUCAUUACCCUUCACCACCAUAUGACCACACACUGGGCAAUGAGAGAGGUCACUUUCUGUUCCUUCCAAAUACUCCACGGGACACUGCUGGCCAGAAUGCCUGGCUGCUGAGCCCUCAUUUGCCACCCACCAAAGGCACUUGCUUGCACUUUUGGGUUUAUCAGCCUGUUGCUGAUGACAGCAGGUUGGUGGUAGGGAGCCUGUCUGAAGGGGCCACACAUGAGCUCCUGAGACUUUCUCAUGCUGGAGGAAACUGGAGAUCCUUCCGCAUUAAUAUCACAUCAGAGAAGGAGUACCAGGUUGUGUUUGAGGGAAUUAAAGGAGCAAAAGGUGUCCUUGCUCUGGAUGACUUUGGCUACACAGUUGGGGUCGACUGUAAUGGAGUGCAGACAGACCAGACCACAUCGCCAUCACGUGACCACACAGGAGAAACAGUUGCGAUUGUCAUAGUAACCAUUCUGCUGGUUGUGGCAGUGUGUGGUUUACUGGUGUACUACCUGAAAAUGAAGGCCAAGGCUCAGAAUUCAAGCAGUUCUGCAGAUAAUACAGGCUUCACAAAUGAAAUGUAUGACUCCAGCCUUGUGGAGGAUCGUGUGACUGUUCCGUCCAUGUCUGAGCGGGUACAGGAGGAGCUGCCCUAGGUUGUCCUGGUGAUGGUGCCACCUGCUAGAGGGGCUAGUGGCCUUCAUGCAAAUCACAUAAUAUCACAGCUGGAGAACUGAUUAUGUUUCUCUGUAGGGUCAUGCUAAUCAGCAGCUGACACACACACACACACACACACAGUCUCACACCUAGCAAGAGGGUCGUUAAGAUGCACAUUUUAUGAGACUAUAUAUAUAUAUAUAUAUAUAUAUAUAUAUAUAUAUAUAUGACAAAAUGCGCUGUGAAUUGAAUACAGCUAGAUUGUAUGCUAUAUAAAUGUAUGUGAUAUUAGAAAUACCAAUGUACAUUGGAAUGGUUUCCAUUGUUUGGUUAAAUACACUGUUUUGUUAACUUUUUCAAUGCAGCCCUAUAAUCUAGAGCAGGCUUUUCCUCAGGGGUUGCAGACUCAUAGGGGUCUGUGGUAGCACUGUAGGGGGGGUUGUGAGACUGUGAUGAAAAUGUCACUGUCAAAUAACUUUAUUUUUUACAAGUCAAAAAUCAGAACAUAACAUUUCGUUGUACUUACCUCAUAAGUACAAAAACUGAAGUUAAUAUAUUAAUUAAAUAAUGCUAGUAAUUAAUAUUCUCAUUAAAUAAUGAUAUUUAAUCAUAAUUAAAUGGAUCAUGUAAUUUGAUAAAUGCUAACACAUGACAGUUUAAUGUAGAUUACAGUUGAUAGCUAGCUAGAUAUCAAUCAUUCCUUGUGGCUGUAACACCAUUUUAGAACUCUAAAUUUACUCAAAAUAGACAGGUAGGUUUGUUGGUAAAAGAAAUUACUGAAUAAUGAAGUUAGACAUGGAUAUAGCCACAGGCAUUUAAAAUACAGAUUUACAUGUACAGUCAGUGACAAGACCAAACCUCUCCCUACAUGUACGAUUUAUUUGGAGCAACUUUCUAAUCAAAAUGUGAAGCCAACUUUUUUAAAAAGAUAUUUGAAAACUAAAAAUGCAAACAUGACCACAAGGUUAGCCUGUACAAAAUCUCAAAGUAUACUUAAGGCAGAUAAGAUCAUUUAGGUUAAAGCAACAUGUCAUUUAUUUUGGUUUGUUCAUUCAUACUUACAUGUUGCACUUCGUGUGUAUGUGAACUGUCUUCUUACUUGUUUGUGUUUUCACCAGUCACUGUGGUCUUGAUUUGGAAUGUGAACUAAAGACAAAAGCAAAAUAAA